UGUGGGAUAUGGCGUAAAUUUACUGGGUACAGAGGAAUAACAACUGAGUCCUCAGGAAUGGCAGUAUACUUUGUUAUGUUCAUGGUACUGCUCAUGUCUAUAGGCGAUUGUUACCACUUUCCAUCAGGUGGGCCGUCAGCUUGUUUACCAUUCUAAGUUGUAUAAAAAAAAAACUCAUUCUUCUUUUUUUCAUUUAAGAGUUUCAUUUUGUCGAUGCAACUAAUUUAUGCAUCCUCUUCCAGCUUUCUUUCAAUUUAAUUAGAAAUUUCUUUUAAAUAUAAAAAAAAAAUACUGUCUGAGAAUAAUAAAUCUAAACUACUUCCAACUAUGUGGUAAAUAAAUAAAAAAUGUUCCGUAAAAUCCCAUCCGACUUUACGAUAUAAGGCUGCCAUAAAAGGGAACAUAAAAUCCUUUAUCGGUACCAUUCAAAAACGCAUUAACUCGAAGACAAACCGACACAUUGCAAACAUAACUGAAGUAGUAAAAUGCACGUGUGGACACAAAACAAAAAUGGAUUUCUACAAAAGUAACAACAUUUUUGUUACAACAGUAUUUGGGAUGGUUUUUAUUGAUAUUGUAGUCAAUUUAGAUUCAUUAGAAGCGAGUAAAAAAGACCAUGUUAUAGACAAAAGUCAUCUAGAGCCUGUUAUGUAUGAAACAAAUGUAUUCAAUGAAGAUUUCAACCCUAGUUACAUGGAGUUUGACAGUCAUUCACAUACGAAUACAGAAAACCACAAUUACAAUAGUAAAGACGACAUAAAGACGUUAUUAGAAGAAAAAUAUAAAUUUAAAAAUGAUGAGACAUCUACAAGAUUCAAGAUAUCUCAUGACGAUCACGAUUACGAAUACCCAGUAUUCAAAGAGGGGCCAGAUGAUCGCCAUAUAGCUUGGACAUUCCGCUCGUAUGCUGUGCGAAGGAUAGUUGGCGGUAUGGAGACCAGCAUUAGCAUGUACCCUUAUAACGUAGCCAUAUCCAGAAAUGGAAAGCAUUGGUGUGGAGGCUCUAUCAUUGAUGAGCAGUGGGUGUUAACUGCUGGGCAUUGUUUAGAUUCGGCAUUUGAUGGCGAUAAAAGAAAAUUGCAGCCUUUCGUCGUAAGAGCAGGGAGUUCGUUCCACAAUCGCGGAGGGUACCAAGCUCGGAUAAAUAGAGUUUUCUUCCCCGAAAAUUAUGUUCCGGGAAGUGCCGACUUCGACUACUCGUUACUGCGCCUGGACCGACCCAUGCCGAUCGGUCGCAACAUAGCCGUGCUCAAUCUGCCCUCUAGGGACUACGUCAUGAAGGAAGGCGAUAUCCUAAUCGUCACUGGCUGGGGCAGCACUGAUGAGUCCGGAUUCGGUCACAUCCCUGAUCGGUUACGCUUUGUACCCGUACCGGUUAUGAGCUUGUCCGACUGCCAGAAGGCGUACCGAUUUUAUAUCACCUCUAGAAUGCUGUGCGCCGGGUACGCGACCGGCGGAAAGGAUGCUUGUAAUCAUGAUUCCGGUGGACCAGCGGUCCGCGAUGGGGUCCUGCUAGGGAUCGUUUCGUUUGGUGGCAAGCAGUGUGGGGACCCGAGGUCUCCCGGAGUCUACAGUCGUGUGUCACAAGUCACCGACUGGGUCGAAGAAACUAUCACCUCAAACGAAGCUUAUAAAGAGCCUGAAUUGAUACCUAAGAUUAAGAAGGCGAGGCAGAGGGAAAAAGAGUUACAAAAGUUUAAAGCUCGCGUAGAGGAUAAAAAGAAUAAAAUAAAAAUUUGGCUCCGGGAGACACUCAAGUCCCCGUCCUUCAUAGAACUAGCCAAAAAGAAGCUCAGAGAAGUUGGAUUUGAUACACGCAGAACAUUAUCAAAAGCCGAUAUCAACCCUAGUAUCUUAGACGACAAAGCUAUGGAUCAAAUAAAUUUAACCAAUCUAUUAUACGAAAUAAUUAUAGAAGAUGGCGAUAAUGAAGCUGAUAAGAUUUUACGGACGUUGGCUCUGAAAGAGAUCAUACUAAACGAUGGUGCGGAACUCCUUCACAAUACGACUAGUACCGAACUAACUGAGAGUAUCGAAGCGUUUGUUGCUUACAUUAGCAAUAUUUAGUGCUUAAUUUAAUAAAUUUUUCAUGAAACAAUAAUUAUUAUUCAUUUUAAUGAAACAAUAUUCACCGCCAUCUUUGUAUCUGUAGCCUAAAGCUAAGCGUUCUUUGCUUUUUAAAAUUUCGUAAAAAGAAAACUAG